UCAGUAGUCAGUAGACUAAUUACACGCCAGUUUCAGUGUUGCCAGAUUUUCAUGUCUUCAAACAAUUAAUCUCAUUGUUGUCAACUUAACUUGUACAUGUCAUUGCAAACCAGAGCUAUAGGCUGCUAAGACAACAAAUCCGAAGAUGCCGCUGUUAUCAAUCAUGUAUACUGCCUGCUGCAAGAAUCCAUCUCCAAUAUUCGUAUCAUCGACAAAGUUUCAAAAGGGCUACGACGUCAAGGAUCACAGAACUCUACAAGGACAUCCCUCGGAGACGCGAACUGUAGAAUGCAAAACUAAAUCAUCAGUUAAAGUUCAUCAAGCUGCCAAGAGUUUUGUCAUUUCUCCAUUAGUGGCUGCACUUGUAGCCUUAUCUCCCCUCUGCCAUCCCCCAUUAUCACACGGGUCAGAGGUUAUUAUCACAAAGGACAGUCAUAGAGGGGCAGACCUAUUUAACAAGGCUUGUAUUGGAUGCCAUUAUGCAGGUGGAAACAUAAUUCAGCCUGGUGCGACACUCUUUCUAAAAGAUCUACAGAGGAAUGGAGUCGAUUCAGAAGAGGAAAUAUACCGCAUCACAUAUUACGGAAACGGUAGAAUGCCCGGCUUCGGAGAGAAAUGCACGCCACGGGGACAAUGCACAUUUGGGGCACGGCUUCAAGAUGAAGAGAUUAAGGUACUAGCCAACUUUGUCAGGCAGGAAGCUAUUCAAGGUUGGCCUAAAGUUGAAAAUUCAGCUGGAGAUUAACCUAUCACUCAUGCAAGAUUGGACUAAUAUGAAUGUUAAGCCCCUUCUAUGUAGAUUUCAUCAACUAAUAUGUAAGCUCCACUAUUUUGAGAGACUGUUGGAAUGAAAUGAUAAGACAGUAAAUGGCCUUUUUGCUUUUUGUCCAAAAAAAAAAA